AUGAUGGGAGGAAAUGACACAUCAGUAAGAGAUAUGAUACUCCUUGGACUAUUUCCUGAAUUGGAAAACAUCAGUAUCCUUAUAUAUACGAUCUUCCUGAGCUAUAUUAUUGCUCUUUUUGGAAACAUCAUAUUGAUUUUAUUAAUUUGGGUGGAUUCUCGACUCCAUAUCCCCAUGUAUUUGCUUGUUAGCCAACUUUCUGUCAUGGACUUAAUUCUCAUCUCCACAACUGUUCCAAAGAUGGUUAGUAACUUCUGGGUGGAAAGUAAAAAUAUCUCGCAGGUGGGCUGUGGAAUACAGAUGCUGCUUUAUAUAACCAUAGCAGGUUCUGAAUGUAUUCUCUUGACUCUGAUGUCCUAUGAUCGCUAUGUCGCUGUCUGCAACCCACUGAGGUACUCAGUCAUCAUGAACUCCAGAGUCUGUGUGCAGAUGGCUGCUUUCUCCUGGGUUGUAGGAUUUCUGAACUCCCUGGUCCAUACGGUGUACAUUAUGCAUUUACCGAGGUGUGGCUCCAGGGAGAUUGAUCACUUCUUUUGUGAUUUCUUAGCUAUUGUAAAACUCUCCUGUGAAGACACAUCUAUGUAUGAGAUGUUUUUCUUUGUCUCAGGUAUAGUGUUCAUCCUUAUUCCCUUUGCACUCAUUCUGACCUCCUACAGCCUCAUUUUCAUGACUGUCUUCCAUAUGAAAUCUGAGAAGGGGAAGAGCAAAGCCCUAGCAACCUGCUCUUCUCAUCUCACAGUAGUGAGUCUUUAUUUGGGUUCAGGCUUCUUUGUCCUCAUAGUAGCUCCAAUUAUGUACUCAGGAGAGAAGAGCCAGAUUGUCUCUUUGUCCUACGUUCUCACCCCUAUGCUAAACCCCAUGAUCUACAGUCUGAGAAACAAGGAAGUGCUGAGGGCUCUAAAGAAAGUGCUGUCUGUGAGUAUAGGUUCUCAAAUAAGAGACAGAAGAUAUUAA